GUGUGGAAGGUUACCUCGGGAGCUGCCAGGGAUCAGCUCGGUGACAAGGUACCUCGGAGCUGCCAGGGAUCAGCUCAGGGUCAGGGUACCUCGGAGCUGCCAGGGAUCAGCUCGGUGACAGGGUACCUCGGAGCUGCCAGGGAUCAGCUCAGGGUCAGGGUACCUCGGAGCUGCCAGGGAUCAGCUCAGGGACAGGGUACCUCGGAGCUGUCAGGGAUCAGCUCGGUGACAGGGUGCCUCGGAGCUACCCGGGAUCGGCUAGGUGGCAGGCGUAUAUCGGGACUGUUAGCGGGUAGCAAGGCCAUACCUGGAGCUAGGAGUGUCAGCAUUCCGAUUUGCUGGUUGUCGUGUGGUUGGAGAGGUUGUGUACGUCCAGGCGACGUGUGUCGUGGUUCGACAGCACGGGUUGAUAGGACAGAGACUUCAAGUUGGAUUUGUGCACAGUCUUCCAAAAACACACUUCCAAACCUCAACAAGCAUAUAACAGACAAACUGGAGGAAAUGGUGAAGACGUAUGAGAGCACCAGUGACAAGUGGAGAGCUUAUGGCUAUCAGAAGGCAAUCCAAGCUCUACGUAAGCUACCUAAACCCAUCUCUUCUUGGCAGGAAGCGAAAGCUCUUCCUGGUGUUGGAACUCGACUAGCUGACAAAAUCUGGGAAAUUGCUGAAAGUGGUGAAUUACGAAAACUUAAUGAAUUUCGAUCAAGUGAUGAGGUCAGAGUGAUGGAGAUGUUUGGAAAUGUGUGGGGAGCAGGUGCCCACACAAGUCGAACCUGGUAUCAACAGGGUUUUCGUACACUUGACGACCUCAGAACAAAAGCCAAUCUUACUCACCAACAAAAGAUUGGCUUGAAGCACUAUGCUGACAUCCUUGACAGGAUGCCAUGGUCAGAAGCUGGGGAGAUUGAAGCAGUUGUACGGACAGCUGCUGAAUCGCUGCUGCCAGGUGUGAUAUCACAGGCCUGUGGGUCGUACAGGCGCAAGAAGGCAACAUGUGGGGAUGUGGAUGUUUUAGUUACACAUCCAGAUGGCAAAUCUCAUCGUGGUAUUUUUGGGAAACUUCUCAAUAAACUUCGAGAAGAAGGUACGUGA